AUGGCAGUGGCGAGUACCCACUGGGCCUGUACCCUUCCAUCGGACCGAAGGCGUACCAUAGCAGCCACACGUUUUCGACACAAGGCGACCCGGAUAUACCGACAAAGUCUUCAGCAACCCAUCGGCCGAGAUAACAUGGACAUGCUCAUCACAAGCUGCAUCCUGCUCGGAAUGUUCUCCUUCGCUGCCGAGACGACAAGUCCGCUCGAUUCCUGGGUUUUCUCAGAUGACCCGAUCAGUAUGAACUGGCUCUCCGUCCAAUGUGGCCUUCGCUGUCUCCUGGAGAUCACCAAACCAUGGAUGGACGACAGCAUCUGGAAUGAACCAUUCCAGGAAUCGAGCAACUACGAAUAUGCCGAUGAUCACCGAGUGGGCCGGGAAGAUCUCGAUCCCGAACUGGCGGACUUAUGCGAUAUCACGGACACCACAACGGAAGAGACAAACCCCUACCAUUGGCCUCUUCGUAUGCUUUGCCCGUUGCUGCGCAUUCCUCGACACAAAUGUGGGGCGUCUCGCAUAACAAACUUUAUGGGUCGACUGUUGUCUGAUUUCGUGAAUCUGCUCGCUGCGAAGGAGCCUCGUGCUUUGCUUAUCAUGUCAUACUGGUUAGCACUAAUGUGUACUUCUGUUGAUGAGUGGUGGGUUGGCCCCCGCGUUACGCUUGAAUGUCGAGCCAUUUGUAUGUAUCUUGAAGCAUGUGGUGACAGGCGCAUUGUCGAGUUGCUUGACUUUCCCGCAAGGUCGUGUGGGUUUAAGAUAACCAGUUGA